AUGGCGCUGUCCUGUUCGAGGCUCUCCAACAAUUUGUCUUUGAUGCGACUGUUGUGGCUCCGAAGCCACCGAAUAGCGAAUGGGCUUUACACCCCGUGCGUUUGUCAACAAUCCAGAUAUUACUCGUCGUCCCAAGUCCGACGAGGGAUUGGACGCUAUGUGACGUCCAGUCUGCGGUGGGUCAACAGCAAAUAUGAAGGCUUCCUCAAAAGGCGAUUUCCACGCUUUUAUCUGCUCUACCAUACUUUUGUUGAGGGAUUUAAGCUUCUUUUUCGAGAUGCCAAAGACGUGAGCAGGAUCAAAACAAAGAUGGCGAGCGGCGGGAUCGCAUACCAAGAUUUGUCGUACAGAGAAAUGGAGAAACUCCGUCAGUUUCGACGAGACAUGCUGAAAGGCGUCCCGCUGGUGUUACUGUCCAUUCCUCCCUUUGCCAACUACCUGGUUUUCUUUUUGAUGUACUUUUUCCCCCGUCAGGUGCUGAUACCUCAUUUCUGGACGCCGAGGCAGCAGGUGGAGUUUCGCCAGCUGUACCAUUCUCUAAGGGCCCGACACCACUUGCCCGUCCUGCGAGAGCUGCGGCAGGCUAGCGGCAGCAUACCUGAUACGCACCUCCGCACCUGCCUCGACAACCUGUGCACUCAGGUGCAAAAAGGAACCAACCCCAAAGUGUCGCAAAUCCUUGCAGUGCGCAGUUUGUUUUCUGGCGUACCUCUGGGCAUCGGCAAACUAAGCGUGCAACAAAUGAGAAACCUAAGCCCCCUGCUCUUCUUGACGCCUCGCCUCCCCGGCUUUCUGAUUGGCCGACGCCUGACCAAUCACGCCUUGGAACUCUUACAGCUGGACCGAGCCCUCAGCAAGCUGGGCCCGCAGCAGCUUAGCGACUCGGAAUUGAGACAGGCUUGCUACAUGAGGGGAGUCAACUCGGACCGACUCGCCGUCAACCAGUGCCGAGAGUGGUUGGACCAGUGGCUGCGGGUGUCGUGCACACUCAAAGACUCGGACGUGUCGCUCCUUUUGCACUGCCUCGUCUUCCUCUCUGCCGACUCCCCGAACAACACAAGCCGCCCAUGA